AUGGAUGAAAAAGCGAGUAGUUCUCAGAUUGUUGCGUGGACAGAUCCCGGCGUGAAAUCAACAAAUUAUCAAGUAGUUUCAGUUAAUUCACUAUAUUUUGCAUACUGUUCUUCAACUUCUUGCGUUGUUCGAAAUAUUGAUACGUUUGAAAUCGUAAUGCAACCGACAACGAACUAUAUACCACCAAUAACCCUCGAUUUAUGCAAAUCUGAUCCUGAUUUACUUGCAAUUUCAUUCUUAAAUAACAGAAUUUCCGUUAUUUCAAUUUCUAAAAACUACGUUUUAUCAAUAUAUCAAUUUGAUGAUCCAAUAUAUAGUUUAUGCUGGAUAUAUGGUACAAAAAUGAUAUACUGCUUUUCAAAAUCAUUUUCUAGGACUUUUAUAAUAGAUAUUGAAGCAAAAGAACUAACACCGUCAAUAAGCUUUACAGAUUCAAUGCUUACUUGCGCAGUCAGUAAUGAAAGCGAUCCAAAGAUUGUUGGAUGCAAUAAAUUUGGCUCAAUUCAACUUUAUAAAAAGCUAAAACUUGUAGACAAAACAAAUAUUGAUAAAGAUAUAUGUUCGGUAGAGUUCGAUCCGCUUAAUAAUAAAAAUUGUUUGAUCGCAACAUCUAAUGGAGACAUUUAUUUGUACCAAAUUACGGACAAACUUAAUUUAAUUAACACCGUUUCAAGUAAUUUGAAAAUAUCAAGUGCUUCAUGGCUCCCUAAUAUGCCAGGACACUUCAUUGCCUCUGAUCCAAACAUAGGAACGAUAAGAAUUUGGUCUGCAGGCUCAGAAGCACCGAUACAAUCAUUCAAUCUUAAUCACAGUGGAACAAUUCAGGCUGUUGCUCUCAAAAAUCAAAAUAUUUUCACUGCAUUCAAUGAUGGAACAGUUUGCGUUUAUAAUAUUGAGAAAAAACAGACAGUUUACGAAUCAAUGGCUCCACAUUCAGCAAUGAUUAUCAAUAUGAGAUGCUUAGAAAAAGAUUCAAAUAUUCUUUUUACGAAUUCAUGCGAUGGAACGUUUUGUUUCUGGGAUUUGAAUAGCAUGAAAUUACAAGAUAGAUUUGAUCUAUCGAUGGCCAAGGUUUCAACCUCCUCUUCCGAUUUAGCUCCUGAUGGAGAUACAAUUGUUGCAGGAGCCACCGACGGAUGGGUCUAUGUUAUAUCCCAAAAGAAAGCAAAGAUCAUAGACAAGUCGCCAUGCUUUACUUCAGGCCAUGUAAAGUCGAUUUCGAUUUGUCGCCAUAUUCCAACAACAGUAUUAGCAAUAUCAACCACUGGAAGGGCUACAUUACUUGAUAUACCCAAGAAAAACCGUAUUUGGACAUCUCAAAACCAACAAGUUAAGAUAGCAUGUGGGGCAUUUUCACCUCACAAGCCAGGCUGCUAUCUUUUGGCAACUACAGAUGGAAUUUUGAAUAUAUAUAAUAAUACUGACACUAUGUCAAUUAGAUUACCCGAAUCUUAUCCGACAAAUAUUGCAUUCUCCACCAAGAACCAAGAUCUUAUUGCACUGACUUUCGAAGAUGGCAGAAUUGUUACUAUUAAUGUAGUUGACCUCACUGUUGUCCAUCAAUUUGUUGGAAUUCAUAAUGGAGCUGCAUUAAAUUGCACUUUCCAUCCUGUUUUCGAUGAUAUCCUUAUCAGUUGUGGCGAAGAUUUCGCUAUAAAUGUAAUGUCCAUCAAAAGACAAUCUGUAAUCUCCAAAUUUAACAUGCAUAACACUCCUAUCCCAACAAUUGCAGUUUCUCCAUUAUAUCCAUUAUUAUUGAUCACCACAUCUACUGAUUCCACGCUCAGAUUCCUUGCUUUGAAUAGAGUUUUCAUCAAAUAUCAAAUUUCAAAAUUAUUCAAAGAAGAAAUCCCACUUGAAGACAAAAUGAUGUGGAUAACACCAAUGCGAGGCGUCCAGCAAACAAUAAAACUUGCUCACCGCAUUGCAAAAGACCAAAAAAUUUCAUUCAAAAUUGAUGAUCCACAACACAUCAAUGAUUUAGUUCGAAUGAGCUCCAAACAUGUUGAGAAGAUGCUCAAGACCAAAGACAACGUCUCUUUAAUAAGACGCGCCGUCAUAUCCAAAGAGAAACAGAUAGAAGCAGCAAAACAAGAGCUCAGAGCCGGAAACAUCAGAAGUUAUUGCGAACUGAUGAUGCAGGCAGGUGAAAAAGAGAAAGCAAUUGCAGCGGCACCGGCUGUUUCCGCUGAAUUUUGGCAAGAAAUGAUUGAAAAAGCCAUGGAAGACAUUUCUGACCAAAAAGAAAAGAUUGCUUUAUCUGUAGCACGUGGAAAUACCGAGACAGCAUCGAAUACAUGCGAUAACUACCAGGAUAAGCUAUUGUUGAGCGUUGCUUCUAAGUCACAAUUAAUAAAAAAGCCACAAAUUUCCCAAAUUGAAGAGAAAUCAAUUGACAAAUCAUACAAAUACAUGGAAAACGAGUUCCUCAAUAAUGAUUUGUUCAUUGCUUACUCUAUUGCAACCAAAAAAGCUAAAAAACUUCUAAAAGAAGGUGAAGUGGUCCAAGCUGGUUGUUGUUACCUUUCUAUCGGCAAUGUAAACAAGGCGUGUCACGUUUUUGUUAGACAUGGAGCGCCGAUUGUCGGGUAUUUCGUUAACCAGAUAACAAAAGCCAAUUUGGAAUUCGUUAACGACAGUACAAGGAAACUGAUACAAUAUAAUAUUGUUGAUUUGAAAAAAUUACCCGAAAAAUAUGAAGAUUAUGUUGAAUUAUUUAAGAAUUAUCCAAUUGUGACGUUCGAUUCUUAUGAGACAAUGAUCCAACAUGCAGAGAACUUCAAGAAUGCUGCAGUUGAGAAUAUUUCAAGAGAUGAAUUUGAUUUCUCUUUGUUGGAUGAUCUUUUCAAGCCAAUACAGUUUGUGCCUCUCAUGUAUAUACCAGAUUCUGAUAUUAUAAUGUUCUGCUCUUUGGUUUUGAGCUUUUACAAAGCAUAUUGGAAGAAAUACUUUAUAAUUCUUCCAAAAAUUGUUGACAAAGCAAUUUUCUUUGCACAGAAGAUCAACCAAGAAUGGACAGAAAAGGUUCUUGAGAUUCUUAAGACAAUAACUGGAGAUAUCAGAAAAUUGAAUUCUAAAACUAUUGAAUCUGUUGGAAGGAGAUCCCAUAACUCUUCAAAUUAUACUCAACUCGGAUACUUUGUUUCCAAUGGCCAGCCUUACAUGGUUGGAAAUAAAGUCCUUUCGUAUGAAUUUGCUUUAAUGUGGGCUGAUGUGUCACCUUAUCAGAUAUCAACAGAAGGAAUAUAUCAUAUUUGUUUGUAA